UAACAGUAGAAUGCAGGUACAGAGAUGAGUGAAGAUAGUAAUAGGCUGAAAGUAAUUGGGUAUAUGAAGUCACCAUUCUUGUACAAGAACGGAACUCCCAGACAACCCAUAAUCUGCCGACAAGUCACAGGGGAAAUAACAAUUGAGAAACAUGUCUUUAAUAACCCAGAGCAUUCACUUGAAGGGCUGGAGGAAUUUAGUCAUGUAUGGUAUGAAACUGAUAAUUAUUUAUGUCACAGUCAGUGGUUGUUUGUUUCAGGUCCUACUAUAACAGUAUCGGGUAUUGACAUCUUGGAUGGAACACCUAUCAUAGAUUUGAAACCCUACAUUCCCCAGUAUGAUAAUCCAGCUCUGCAUGUUGAAGACUUCAAUCAGAACCAGUCUGGAGAUGAUGAAGCUGAAACCCAGUCAAAUGGAGAUCUUGAGAAUCAGUGUGAAAAUGAUGGAAAUGAGAACCAGUCCAGCUUGUCAUAUACCCAGUCUCAAAAUGAAGUUGGAAAGGCAGAUCAUUGUAAAAGUUCAAUGCCAGGUGUUACACAUGUAGACUGUCAUGAUAAAGAUUUUGAAUUAGCAUUCUGUGAUAUACAAAAGGACAGCAAGCAGGUUAACCAAGGAACUGAUACAACACCAUCCUUAGAUGGAGCUAGUGAACAAAGUCUAGAUCUAUUCCAUGUUACAGACUGUGCACAAAGCCUAGAUCUACCUCCUGUUAGAGGUAAUGAUGUAGUGAAUCAGUCCCAGAAUAUAAAUUUGUCUGAAGCAUGUAGAAAGAAAGAGCAAGUUGCAGAUAUAGACUGUAACUCUUCAAGUGCCAGAUGUUCUACUGCAAGCUGGAUUACAAAAUCACCUGUUCCUAAACUGAAAGUCAGAUUUACACCUUCAGCAGAAAAACAACUGAAACUCUUUAGUGCUGAAGGAAAACAUGCAGAUUUUAAAUUUAAAUUUUUGGAGAGUUAUGUUCAGGCUCGAGAGGCGAUAAGUGAUAUAUUACACGAAGAUCCACGCUCAACAUACAGGAGAAAUAAUUGUGCAGACAGCUUGUAUUACUUCACACUGGAUGUUUUACACAUUACCUGUUGGUUUGAUGAAGAUCUUGUUGAAAUUGUAAGAAUUAAACCUGUCGGAAAAGUUGAUAGAUUGAAAGAAAAGCAAUGAAACUAAAGAAAAGUUCAUGACAUGAAAUUGUAUUAUUGUUACUGUUUUUAAUAUCGGUUAAUUCUGGAAACUCAAAGUUUAAAUGCUGUUAUGAAAUUGUCAUUAUUAUUUAUUGAUUUUAUGUGGAAUGCUGUCUGUUUUAUAUUAUAUGAUUGUUUUCUAAAAAAUGGAAUUUAUUAUACUUUCACUUUCACCUGGGAAGUGGGUGGCAUCCGCAAAAGUUGUCGACUCUCUUAGCAGUUCUUCUCCAGUGUCACAAUGUUUAUGGGCAUAAUCUUAAUUAGUUAUUACUCAUUUCUUGCAUAUUGCAAAUAUGUAACACUUACAAAGAAGUAUUGGCAUUUAUGACCUGUGUGCUUGUUUGUCCAUCCAGUGUAAUAUCCUUGCAAUAGUCAGUCACCUUGAGUUAAUAUUAUAUUCACUAAAACCUGCUGCCCUGCAAAUGAUAUUAAAAUUAGCAAAGGAUUUUAAAGUUAUUGCCCAUUAUCUUGUUAACAUUAUCAAUUUUGCUAAUAUCUUUAUCAUAGCAUAGGUUGGCACAUUGUCACACAGUGAAUGUACACAUGCAUUAAAUGUACACUAUUGAAACUCUUGUUGAACCAUAUUCUAACAGAGCCUGAUUUGUUUUCCUUUUAAACAAGGACUGAAAAAGUGUGUGUUAUUUAAGAAAUAAUAAGUUCCCAAAAGUGGUUUAUCAUAGAAUAACCCUUGUUUUGAGUUCUUAUGUGUAAAAAUAUAUCACAAAGGCCGUAGGCCUGAGUAAUAUAUUGUUUCACAUAAGAACGAACGGGUUAUUCUACGAUAAAUCACACUUGGGAAUUUGUUAUUUCAAUUCUAACACAACAUACCGGUACUUGUAUCAACAGUGUUAGAAAAAAUGGUAACUACUUUCUACGACUGUGCAACGCACCUGGAUCGGAUGACGUCAUUGCACGCGAGUGGUUUAUUGCAGAAUAACCAGAGAUAGAUUUUCCUCUACAUGUAUGUAGGUUAUUCGCUGGUCGUGUUAGAAUAUGCAACAAUCCACUGUUUUUAGCUCACCAGAGCACAAAGUGCUCGGGGUGAGCUAUUGUGAUUGCCUGGCAUCGGCCACACUUUCCUUUAAACAACAUCUCCUCCUAAACCAUCAGGCCAAAUUUGAUGAAACUUCACAGGGAUGUUCCUUGGAUGGUUUUCUUAAAAAAGUAUUCAAAUAAUUGAAUUCCAUACAGAACACUGGUUGCCAUGGCAACCGAAAGGAAAAACUUUAAAAAUCUUCUUCUCCAGAACCACAGGUCCUAAGGCUUUGAUAUUUGGUAUGUAGCAUUUGGUAUUGUUCAAAUUAUCCCCCUAGGGUUAAUUUUUGGCCCACACUGGGUGUCACAUGGUUUAUAUAGAUUUGUAUAGGGAAAAACUUUGAAAAUCCUCUUGUCCAAAACCACAGGGCCUAGGGCUUUGAUAUUUGGUAUGUGGCAUCAGCUAGUGGUCCUCUACUAAGAUUGUUCAAAUUAUCCCCCUUGGGUCAAAUAUGGCCCCGCCCUGGGGGUCACAUUGUUUACAUAGACUUUUAUAGGAAAAACUUUGAAAAUCUUCUUGUCCAAAACCACAGGUCCUUGGGCUUUGAUAUUUGGUAUGUAGCAUCAUCUAGUGGUCCUCUACCAAGAUUUUUUCAAAUUAUCCUCCCAGGGUCAAAUAUGGCCCCACCCUGGGGGUCACAUGGUUUAUAUAAACUUGUAUAGGGACAACUUUGAAAAUCUCCUUGCACAAAAUCACAUGGCCUAGGGCUUUGAUAUUUAUAUCUCCUCCCACUGGGGGGAGA